UCCAGCUAACAACUCACCAACGCAAGCAUCCAUCGCUUCAGCUCAGUUCUUCGACUGCGACUCACCAAUCAUCUACUGGGAUCACACGCUUCACAGACCAACCUCCACCAACGCAGUUCACAGGUCACUUCAUGGCGGCUGCAGCCAAGGCGUCUUGGAUGGCGGCGAUGAGCGUCGGCGCCGUGGAGGCGCUCAAGGACCAGGCCGGCCUCUGCCGCUGGAACUACGCUCUCAGGGCCAUUCACGGCGCAGCCAAGGGCAAGGCCAGUAUCCGCCGCGGUGCUGUGGUCUCGCAAGGCACGAAGCGGCCUCCGGCCUCUGCGGCGGCCGUGGCAGAGAGGCGGCGAGCGGAGAAGGCCGAGGAGGGGCUGCGGACGGUCAUGUACCUCAGCUGCUGGGGUCCCAACUAGGCAGGGCCGGUAGCUGUGUGUGCUCUACGGUUUUGCUACUUGCCUCGUUGCAUGUGGGUUGUACUGUAAAUAGUAUCACGAUGAUGAUGAAAACAUCAUGAUGAUGAUGAAAACUUUGUUCUGUCACCAGCUUGGCUUCAGAAUUUAUGAAGCACAAGAUCCUAGACCGAUUACUCCUGGUACUAGUUCUCUGAUCCAAGUGACAGAAUUGGGUGAUAACAAAGUUCUCUUAGGCCUUGUUCGGUUGCGUGCGAAUCCGAGUGGAUUGAAGGGGUUUAAGGGGGAUUUAAACCUCUUGUAAGUCAAAAUACAAACCAAUCCUUAUCAAUCCCCUUCAAUUCUUUUGGGAAGAGGAUUAACCGGA